AAGGACACCCCACAGCCAAGUUCUUUCCCACUUGAGGACAUGGCCCCUCCUUCCAGCAGCCUCCAGGACUUCAUUCCUCACCUGCACCGGAGGCUAAAUCCUCACGGUCUUUUCUGUGCCAGUUGCCGCCAGCGUUCUCACACAAAGUCUUCCAAGGCUCUCGCUUUCCCUUCUGCUCUCCAGCUUGUCUUCCCCACACCAGAACCGCCCUCCACGCUCUGUUCCCAGCUGCGACGGCUUCUCCAGCAUUCUCCUGGGAAGUGUCCCAGCCGUACCCACUCCUCUGUCCCGAAGCCUUCAUGUCUUCAGAGUGAAACAUCUUUCAACCUAAUAUCAGAGAAAUGUGACAUUCUAUCCAUUCUUCGGGAUCAUCCUGAAAACAGGAUUUACCAGAGGAAAAUCCAGGAACUCAGCAAAAGAUUUACCUCAAUCCGAAAGACCAAAGGAGACGGGAACUGCUUCUACAGGGCCUUGGGCUAUUCCUACCUGGAGUCUUUGCUGGGCAAGGGCAGAGAGAUCCUCAAGUUUAAAGAGCGUGUGCUACAGACUCCAAAUGACCUCCUGGCUGCCGGCUUUGAGGAACACAAGUUCAGAAACCCCUUUAAUGCCUUUUACAGUGUGGUCGAGCUGGUAGAGAAGGACAGCUCAGUGUCCAGCCUGCUGAAGGUGUUCAACGACCAGAGCUCCUCGGACCAGAUCGUGCAGUUCCUGCGCCUGCUCACAUCAGCCUUCAUCAGGAACCGAGCUGACUUCUUCCGGCAUUUCAUAGACGAGGAGAUGGACAUCAAAGACUUCUGCACUCACGAAGUGGAGCCCAUGGCCAUGGAGUGUGACCACGUCCAGAUCACAGCUCUGUCGCAGGCACUGAACAUCGCUCUGCAGGUGGAGUAUGUGGACGAGAUGGACACCGCUCUGAACCACCACGUGUUCCCCGAGGCUGCCAUACCUUCCGUUUAUCUGCUCUAUAAAACAUCCCACUACAACAUUCUGUAUGCAGCUGAAAAACACUGAUUUUAGGCCAUGCCGGAGCCUGUCAUCUAAUGGACUGCAUUCUAAAUGGAACCUUCUGACUUGGCGAUUUUUUAAUUGAUUUAGACAACUAGGAAAUGUACAGCCUUUUGGGUAAAGCCACUGAACUGAGACUUGUGCCCACUAUGGACUGUCAUGACUUAAUAGGAAUUUUAGUAUUUAUUUUGAUAGAUAAUGUAAUGCCUGCUAACUCUGGACCGGAAAGCCAGGAACCCUGUCUAUGUAUCCGUUUACUGUAAGAACCUCGUUGGACCUAUUUAUUUAUCGGAAAGAGGUUCCUGGCAGUGUUGAUGUGAUGGUGUGUGAAAAUGGGGAUAUAUGGUUAGUCCUCACCAGGGGCAGUGGCCCUCAUAGGGAAGAAAAGCUCAGUUUGGCUGCCACAUUCAGGUGACUUACCGGACCUAUGAACCUGUGUUGGGUGGGUAAUGGUAGACAACUGUCUGAAUGUGUAGUUCAUUCAUGGUGGCUUGUUUUCCCAUGCAUGAGAGACAGAAAGAGGGAGAGAGAGAGAGGGAGAGAGAGAGAGAGAGGAGAGAGAGACCUUUUUAUACCAAAGUCCAGAAAAGGACUUUAGCCUUCAGCAUGAAGCUCAGAUUGUGAGGUCCUUCUACCUCAGGACCAGAACUCCUGACUUUGGGGGACAGGCCCUUCAGGGUUCUACCUUCAAUGCCACCUGGAUAAGGCUUGACAAAGAUAAAGGCCUGUACCCGAGUCAGUGUGUUCAUGUCUGGGCCCGGGGAGCUGCAGCUGCCCAUCAUCCCCAGUAAAUUCUAGAAGCGCCUAGGUAAGUCAGCUGGGUAGGGUGUGGCCAUGGAAACAACGGCAGCGCAAGGCUCCUCAGUUUCCCUGGCCUGGCUCUGGAGGCAGCGAGGCAGGAAACAACAGACAAGCCAUUGGUGGCAAGGGCGUUUCCGGUGCUGGCAGCAGCCUCUUCCUCUGCAUGUGCCCCUUAAUAGCCCCCUUUACUCAUUUGCUGCCUCAAGACCUUCAGCAGUGCCCCUGAGGACACUGUGGGAAAGUCAGCCUCCAGCUGGGCUGAGGCACUAGCUAGCCAUGCCUUCUGUAGGACAGCCAUGGAACCACCCACUGGUACCCUUCCUUGGGUGCAAAGCUCCCCCCCCCCCCCAUGUUUCAUUCUGCAGGGAUUGAGGCUGCUGGUGAGGGUCUGCAACAGUCUGCACACAAGACCAGAAGGAUCCUGAGUCUUACACAAAUCUUGGAUCUAUCUUUUGCUUGGUGUAAGUCAAAAGGACCCAGGUGUCUGGGCAGUGUGGGAACCAAGGCCAACAUUUAGAUCCAAGGGCUCCAGCUAAGUGAGUCUGUCACUGGCACAGGAGUGUAAAUCUGGCCUUCGCCUUUUGAUUUGUUAAGUGUCCUGCCCUGAUCUGGGUAUGAGCGUUGGGGUCUAUGACAAGUACCCCAGAAGAGCAGGGGCCCAUUUCCGUGUCUUUCUUCAGCCAGACUAUUCUUCACUUCCCAGCUGAAUGGUCUGAACACAGGAUGCCUGCCUGGACUGCUCCAGCGAGUUCAGAUGAGUCUAAGAACAGGGCAAUGGGGAGACUAGAGAACAUGCUAAAACCUGGUUGCCCACAGCAGUUCCUAACUAGGCUACAGCAACAGGUCAUGCCAGCAUACCUACUUUCUGAAUGACUCCUGCACCCCUACGGCCACCUCUUUCUAGACAAAACACUGGAAGCACAGGCACUGUAAGAGGUCAUCUUUGCAAAUGCUUGUGCGUCCCUCACUUUCCCAGAGGCAACAACUAGUAGAGGCAAUAACAGAGCAGUGUGCCUGCUCUGGCUGUCUUCCUACAAUAGGAGAAACUGCUAGGCUCAGCUGCCUAAGUGCAAUUCUCAACUGUGCGACCUUGCCCGAGCCAUUUCACCGCUGAGCUCUGGAAGCAGAGAAGCAUGCCUCAGAAGUGAGUGGCUUCCCAAAGUAUGAGCCAUAGGGGAGCAGUGCAACAGGUCUGAGCCGAGUAUACAGCUAACCUGGGACAGCGGAGCUUGGGGUUCAGGGAGUGCCCAAGGCCAAGCCCUUCAGCUUCCUUUAGAUGAAAACUUCAUUCGUAGCAUUAAAACAAUUUCUAUCUUUCAGACUGGCUUCUUAAUGUUAGAUACUAGUUACAUAAUGAACACCACCAUCUUCCCACAGGCCACUGGUGAGUAGACCACACUGGAGGGAUGUGGACACAGAUGGGCUUGGAACACUGGCCCUAUCUUAUCAAGGGUGUGCGAGUGGGGCCCAAGCCUGCUUAUCAACUCCACAGACAUCUCACCACAUCAUUUGGAAAGUGGAGGCUCCUAGGCCAUCUCUUGAUGUUUGCUUUGUCCCCCCAGCCAGGUCAGUAGACAGUGGGGUUACGGGAAGGGCACCUACCUGGAGGUGUUGCUGUGUCUCUAACAUCAGAACAGUAGAACUCACUCAGACAGAAGAUGACCCAGGUUACCAACAUCUCAUCCAGUUGUUGGGUGGAUAGCUAAAUCUUAACCACUAAAGGUUCACUUUCUCAACUACAGAAAAAAAGGGUAUUAAGAUACGCCAUGAUCUCAGACUACCAAAUGAGAAUUUAAAUCAAUAAGUAUCUAAUAGCUAUGACUAGUACAGUCCUAUAAUCCUUGCUUGUGAAGAUGCUGGGGCAAGCGGGUUCCCAGUUCAUGGCUUGCCUAGACAAUGAGACGAUCCAAACUAAGAAGUAGUCAGCAGAAGGCUCAAUGGAUACAAGCACUCACCAUCCAAGCCUAACAACCUGAGCAAGAUCCCCAGAACCAAUUAUCUCAUGGGUGAGCAGCCCCCAUCGUAUAUAAAUAUCUAUGGUUCAGAUAAUCCAGUACUUGCAUAGCACAUGAGGCCCUGGGCUCAAUCUCUCUCUAUUAAAUGUUCAGGGGUUAAAAGGUAUCUUAAUGCCAGGCAAUCAGUCAACAGUGACAUCAGAAUCUGAGUUUAGGCUCAAGGCUAAAAGGGAGUCCCCAUGGCUACCUCUCAACCUUGCUACGAGAUAAAGGAGACGUGUUUCUUACAUAUUAGGAUAUUUAGGCAUGCCUGUGUACUAAAAUCCAGACUCCUCAAGCCAAACAUCUGAACCAUGCCUGUGAACAUCUGUCUCAACGUCCAGGCUGUGCUGUGCUUCUAACAGGUCAGCCAGACUGACCAGGGGCUGGGCAGCAGGCGUCACUGUUCUACAGUGUAUUUACACUAGGCCAUGAUGCCAGCUCAACUAUGGCCAGCACUGUGAGGCAAGCAGCCCAGAGCACUGAGUUCCUCAUAAAGAACACAUAAUACACCAGGAAUGACACAUGACAAUUCAGGCCGAGUCGUCUGUUUUACAAAAAGUCUAAGACAAAGACAAUCCAUGGAAUCGUGACCAGGAGCUUGGGCCAGAUCCCGUGGUCUCUCUUGACCCUACAGAUUAGUGACUGAUACCCUUAUGAGCUGAGGGCGGUCCAAGGACAGCAAGUUCUUCCCUGUCCACCUUCCAGGGUGGCUUAGAUAAGACAGCAGAGAGUAGACACAGAAAAGGAGCUGGU